UACCAGAGCUGCUUUGCAGCGUUUCCUUCGUUAUGAAAAAUAUUUGGACGAACCAGGCUAAAGACUGUCGGCCCAAGUUGACUGGUUAAUCACAAUGCUGCUUUACAUGAUUUUCUAAAGAAAUCAGUAGCGGGGCGUCCAAUCUUUUUUUUCUUCUGGGUGAUCCCAUCGGGAUUGUAGUUAGGAGGGCCGUCCUGCGAGCUGCCGGGAUAAACUUUGGAGGAGUUUCUUUGUAUUCGGGAGACAGCUUGGCAAACAAGCUGAACAUGGACUGGGGCACUGAGCUUUGGGACCAGUAUGACAUCAUAGAGAGGCACACGCAGUCGGGCCUGGAGCUGGUGGAGAAGUAUGUGAAAUUUGUGAAGGAGAGGACGGAGAUUGAGCAGAACUAUGCCAAACAACUGAGGAACCUUUCAAAGAAAUAUAACCAAAAACGAACCAGCAAAGAUGAGCCAGAGUGCAGGCUAUCCAGCUACCAGUCGUUUUUGGACAUCCUGAAUGAGAUGAACGACUACGCAGGGCAGAGAGAGCUUAUUGCUGAGAACUUGAUGAUGAGCAUCUGCAUUGAUCUCACCAAGUACCUGCAAGAGCUCAAGCAGGAACGCAAGACGUAUCUGAUGGAGGCCAAGAAGGCCCAGCAGAGUUUGGAGAGCACCUACAAGCAGCUCGACAGUAGCAAAAAGCGCUUCGAGAGGGAGUGGAGAGAAGCAGAGCGUUCGGCGCUGUAUGCAGAGAAGACGGAUCAGGACAUCAAUGCUACAAAAGCAGAUGUUGAAAAAGCCAAACAGCAGGCACAUAUGAGAGCACAUGUAGCCGAGGAGUGCAAGAACGACUACGCCGCUCAGCUGCAAAAAUACAACAAAGAGCAGAACCAGUUCUAUUUUAAUGACAUGCCACUCAUUUUCAAUAAAUUGCAGGAUCUGGACGAGAGGCGAAUACAGAAGUUGGCUCAAGGCUACGUCUUGUUCUCAGACACAGAAAAGCAUGUGAUGCCCAUCAUUGGCAAGUGCCUGGAAGGCAUUACUAAAGCUGGCACUAAUGUUAAUGAAAAGAAUGACUCCAUGGUUGUAAUAGAGCAGAAUAAGUCGGGCUUUGAGCGUCCUGGGGACGUGGAGUUUGAGGACUUUAGUCAGGGCAUCAAUCGAGCCUCCUCCGACAGCAGCCUUGGUACGCCCAAAGGCCCGAUGGAACUUCUGGGGAAGAACAGGAGCAAAAACUUUUGGCUUUUCAGCAAGAGGAGUAAGCUCUCCUCUUCCACACUCGCUUCUCUCUCCACAACCCCAAGCCCUUUGCCCCCUAACGGAUCACCUUCCCCCAAGUUUGGCCGGGACCCCCUGUCGUACUGUUUGAAGGAGAUCAAUAAGACUGUCAAACCCAGAAUCUCUUCAUUCCGGACCCUCAGGAGAUCGAAAUUUACUCCGGAGAGGAUCAUGCCCACAGUGACGGAGGACUUUGCCCAUCUCCCCCCAGAGCAGCGCAGGAAGAGGUUACAACAGAAAUUGGAAGAAAUCUGCAAAGAGUUGCAGAAGGAAGUCGAUCAGAGUGAAGCACUCGGAAAGAUGAAAGAUGUUUAUGAGAAAAAUCCUCAGAUGGGAGAUCCAGCCAGUCUUGCAUCCCAAAUCACCCAGACAUCCCAGAAUAUAGAGAGACUCAGGGGGGAGAUGAACAAGUAUGAGACCUGGCUGGCGGAAGCGGGUGGUCGAGGGGACACGCUGCGCUAUAAAACUCACACGUUUAACAAUAAUGGAGCUCAUGACGUGUACAGCCCUGACGGAGCUCAUUCCGAUGAAAGCACCCCCGAUCCUUCCCAAGCCAUUUACGCCGAGUUUGACGAUGACUUUGAGGAUGAAGAACUGACCACUCCUAUUGGGAAAUGCACAGCCAUGUACAACUUCCCUGGGGCCAGUGAGGGAACCAUCUCUAUGCAGGAAGGAGAGGUCCUGGCUGUGGUUGAAGAGGACAAAGGGGACGGCUGGACCCGCGUUCGAAGGAACAAUGGAGACGAAGGCUACAUUCCUACAUCUUAUGUCACCAUCACUUUAAACAAAUGAUGGCUAAUAUAAAAAAAAAAAAAAAUGGGCCAAUUCUAAAGAAACCAUGUCACCUUAUGGGCAGGACUGCGAGGGUAACCAGACGUAAGCGUUUGAUUUCUCGAGUGAGGCACCUUAUGUACACAUAGCGACGGUGCUAACAGAAUCUUCCUCUUGGCUUGCAUUACAUUAAUGUCAUCCCUGAUGCCCACUCUCCAAACGGCAAGGUUAUUUUAUUUUUUAAUUUUUUUUAAUGCAAUGUUUUCAGUAUUUUUUGCAGUAGUUUCGAUGAACAGUUCUUAGGUGCAGGUAAAGGGGAAGUUCCUUCCCCCGUUCCACAGCCUGAUGACACUUUAACUCCUAAACGUGAAAAGAAGCAGUAGUAGCAGAAGAAGAGGAGCAUUAGUGCUGCUGCCAUCUUUACACUGAGUGUUAAUACUCGGGCGGAAGUUAUCUCGCCUGCUUUUGUUUUCAUUGAAACUGAACUCUGAUGCAGUGGCCCACCCCGCUGCAGAAACCACAAUUUAUGACCUGUUUGGGUUCUCAUUCGUCUCAAGCGUGCCACUAUACGGUUGAAACAGUGUUGAGUGUCACUGCGAGAUGGAUGAGGUUUGGUUCAAGAACGCUCCAUUAUUUUAUUUUAUCUUAUUUUUCUUUUAAUUUUUAGCAGUUGGCGAGGCCAAAGGUGUGCACAGCUCUCCUGUCAUGGUAAAGCCCAAUAACAUGACCGUAAACAGACUCUGAAAUGUUCAGACAAUCAUAGCCAUAUCAUCAUUUUAUUUUAAACCUUCAUCAGUUGCAAGGAAAUAAAGUAGAUGUUAUUUUCUAACAAUCACAACCUGAGAAUUGUACUAAAAAUAAUUUAUUACAAAUGUGUAUAAAUAAAAUGUUAAUGUUUGACAGCAGUUGUAUUUCGUAAUAAGAUAUUUCUGAUGUUGUUCUUCUUCUCCUUGCACACAGCGGGUAGCCUGUAGCCACAAAAGGGAGUAAUAAAUGCACACACAAACAAUUGCUCCAUUAAAACUUUUAUAUUUAAAUGAUAUAUAAUAUAUAUUUUAGCUAUCACAACACCACUAUUGUCUUAUUAGCCUUUUAACCAUUCAAAUAAAGAUCGUUUCUUUGCAAGAGAAAAGCUUAAGUACAUAGUUUUGUUUCUAAUAAUGUUUUUUUUGGAGUUCAGAAGUUUAGCCACUUCAUGUUUUUUACGUUGUUAUAGAGCCAGCAGAAAGCAUUACAUUUCCAGUUGAUGCUCAUGUGUCUUUGGUGCCUUUCUUGUUACAAGAAUUUUGUAUAUACCUUUUUUUUUAAAUUGCAUUUAAGAUAUUUUCCUCUUUUUCAAGACUUAAUAAAUGUAAAGCACAUUUCAACAUUAGAAGUGGUUAUGUCAUCUCUGGACUUGAAAAAUAAACAGUUGGAGCACAAAUA